AUGGAUAUAAUUAAAUCAAAAUACCCAUGGUGGAAAAUAAUAAAAUUCAAGUUUCAAGCAAGGAGGGAUGUUCCAUUCAGAAGGAAAUGGUUCGUUGGCUAUGAUUUAUAUGGAAAUACUUAUUGGGAAUUCACUAUUGAUGGGAAUUUAUCACGACUUCGAAGAAAGACAGAACCUUAUAAACCAGAAUUAUUCCAAGUGGAUUAUUUUAAGAAUAUUCCUCCGCAAUGGUUACAAUGGUUACGAAGGACAAGAGAACGACCUCCAAGUUUGAAUGAAUUAAUUGAAGAUCAACUAAGACAACAACGAUUAAAAAUAUUAUCUCAACAGGCUGAUGUUAAAUGGAGAAAUGAAAAAAUGAGGUUGGAAAAUGAACUACUGAUGAAAUUACAGAAUGAAUUAGAUAAAGCGAAGAUUGAAAAUGAAGAAUAUAAAAAGAUACAAGAGAAACAAAGUGAGAAUAAUGAAGAUCCAUGGAGAUUGGCUGAUGAGACCAGGGAUAAAAAUCCAAUAGAAGAAGCAAGUGUAAAUAUUAAACUAAGAGAAGAAGUUGAAGAUCCAUGGAAAUCAGGUGAUGAAACAAGGGAUAAGAAUCCAAUUGAAGAAGCAAAUAUAAAUAUCAAACCAAGACAUUAA